AUGUACAAACUGUCUCGAAUGCUCGAUGCGCCACGAGGGAGUCUCGACGCGGAUUCACCUCUGCGCCAGCCGCGCUCCCCAUUGACUAUUAAUACCUCUGCGCCGGCUUCGCCUGCCGUUUCUUUGUUCUCUGUCACCGGCCACAACCGUGUCUCCAGCUCUGUGUCAUCUCUUGUCUCUUCAACAGGCCUGGGAAAUUCCAUGGACUGUCCUAGUCGGAGUCAUUUGACCGAGGUUAAGGAAGAGGAUUGCACGCGUGACUCAAUAGAAGAUCACUAUUUCCAGCACUUUGAUCAUGACAUGUGUACAGAAGGAUCAUAUUUUUCACCAGUCCACAACUCAGAUGACUACGAUCUGAGCGAUACUGGAAUGGAGACUGCCCCAUCACCGAAGAAGAGACGCUCAGACAGUGUCUCGCUGAAAGGCGUCUCACGGAUCAAUUCGCAUAUAUCGACCAUGUCAGCUCGAUGGAAGACUAAACGAUCCUCCGGUGGUGGCGAAUCCGAUAUUUUCCCGGAUGAGUUGCGAAUGCGCGCCAACUCAGCCGCCUCCUCUGCCUUGGCCAGUCCCAUUGUCACUCCCAUGAGCCGAUCCGACUCUAUCCCGCCUUCUCCUGCACGAACGAUCUUCGAGGAACGCCUCAGCGAGGCCGGCGUCCGCCCAAUCGAUAUCACGCGGACGAACAGUUUCAGCCAGGACGACAACGACGUACAGCAAGCGACAACUCCCCUCCUGCCCCCAUUCAUGGGGGACGACCCAACAAGCGUCGCAGCCUCCCGCGUCCAGUCACCACUGCAGUCGCCUUCCGUCGCCGACGUGAGCGAACAGUUACCCUGCAACUACAACGUGACCUCCGACCCGCGAUUCAUGGGAGUUCUCCCCUCACCUCCGCUCUCCUCCAAGCCCUCCGUGGCCUCUUUCAACCGACCUCGGGCCAGCACCGUGCGCACAGUCUCAGGCGAUGCAACUCCCCUCGUCCUGUCCGACCCCAACGACGAAUGGGCCAACAAACUCGGCCACGCCAACUUCAACAUCACACCCGAGCCAUACGUGCCUGUGGUCUGCGACAUUGGGAAUUUCCAGCAGGUGCGCGCGGACUGGGACAUUGCGCGGUCUAACUUUGCCAAGCACCUCGUCCGCACUGGCGAACACUACGGUGUCACCUCGAACAUCUACAAGCUCACUAUCGAAAAAUGGGAAUCCAUCAACCGCGAGUGGGCCACGCAGCACGAGGCCAUGCUCAGCCAACUGAAUGCCGACGACGGUGUGGCUCUUACUCUCACACAGUCCAAUAUCAACCCGUGCCGACAAGUCUGCAUUCCCCGUCUACAUGACAACGACAAGUUUCCUGAGAUGGGAGAUGAGGAUAUCGUUGGUCCGAUGAGUGUUGCGCCAGCUACGGAGAUUCCAGGCCCUUGUCGCUCCGAGAAGAAGAGGAGUUUCUUCCGCUUUUUCCAGGACUUGGUUUCUCGACCUUAG